AUAUCGUGGUAGUUCACAAGAAGAACGAAUUUGUAUUUAUAAUCACAAUAAACAAAACAUUAGGUCAAACAUCACAGACAUCACCAUUCAGCACAACUCAACCGAUUCCGUACCUUCUAGAAGGAGAGUAGCGGAUUCACUCCAGGAUUGCUUAUUGAGACAUCACCAUACAUGAUGGAAAUGAACAAUCUUCCUCCAGAAGUGAUUGUAUGGAUUUUCAGAUAUUUAUCCACAGAAGAACUGAUCCAGUCUAAAGUGAUAUGCAAACUAUGGUAUCAACUGAGCAAGUCAAAACUAUUGUGGAAAAGCGUUACCGCUACAUCGUAUAUUAAUAUUAAGGAGACAGCGCAAAUAAACAUCGUCGUGCAAAAUAUUUUGAUAAAUAGUCACCAGAUUCGGAACUUAAAAAUUAGUCCACUAGGGUUAAAGCUUAUUUUGCGACAAAGUCGUGAAGUUAAAUUUGCUAACCUUUCACAUCUUGUCCUUGCUGCAGAUCGAGUGUAUGGCACAUCUUUAUUUAAUUUGAUCAGCGAAAGAUGCCAGAAUCUUAAAACUUUGAAAUUUAGUUGUUUCUCUUGGAAAACAUGGAAAACGACAGCUAGUUUUCUAAUGAAGCUGCCACUAGAAGAGAUAGACAUGGCUUUUGAAGACGAUGAUAUAGAUGUGUCUGUUUUCCCGUCCUUGUCACAAUUUCCCUGCAUGCAAAAGUUGAAUCUGUUUGCCUCGUCGGUAGAUUUAGUUAAACAUGUGCUCCAUAAUUUAAAAACAAUAAGUGGUAUUAGAGCGCCAAGAACUAUGGUUUGUACGGACACUUUUCAAGACAUGCCAGUAAUUCCAGGACUCACCCUACUUCAUCUUGAUUAUACUGAGAUAGACGAUGAAUCUCUGUUUAUUAUUGCAAAAUGCGCCCAGAAUUUGAACUUUAUUUCAAUAAUUGGUUGCACUGUGACGGAUAAAGGCGUUUUUCAAAUUACAUUUUCUUGUAAAAAAAUAGAGUAUCUCCGAAUGGGUUCCAGUGACGACAAAAUGACAUCAGUUUUGUCACUGGCUGCUAUUUCAAGAGAGAGUAACUCUCUGAAAUACAUUAAUGCACAAAAUAUCAAUUUAUCAUCUCAGCAGUAUUUAAUGGAUAUCACAGAGUCGUGUAAAUCCAUUCGUUACCUCGACUUAACUGGUUGCUCUGGACUAAACGACUCAGCUUUGGAGGUUAUUGCAAAUAACUGUUCCAAAUUAGAAAAAGGAAUAUUUAGUGGUUGUAAUCGGAUAACGUUAAAUGGUGUCGUGUUUAUUUUGACUAAAUGCUUACGUCUUACACGUCUUAUUCUAAGUCGUUGUCUUAACCUAUCAGAAGUUUUAAACAAAGGAAAUAUUGGAGAUGAGGACACAUUGAGUAAUUACCCUUCAAAUAUGAACCAAGAAGAAAUGUCUUCUACACUGAGGAUAAAUAGUUUGCUAAUGAAUACAGAAAUUAUAAACCCAACUGAUAUAACAGAGACUUGUUCUUACAAAGCUGAAAGUACCAAUGCUGAAACAUAUAAAGAAACAUUUAUUAAUGUUAUUGAUAUGACUGAAAAGGAAAGUUGUACAAUCUCUGGUUAUCAGCUGUCAACGAUAGCAGAACGAAACAAAUCAAUAAGCAAUUUGACGGAACGUCAUUGUGAAUUUGAACGCCAUUGUGAAUUAAGAGAAUUGGAUGUUAGUUUAUGUCCGAACCUGACUGCUAGGUCUAUCGUUCAUAUCACACAAUUUUGUCCUGACUUAAGACAGCUUAACUGUUUAAAUUGUGAUCAGCUUGAGACGUCUGAAGCGAAGAUGGUACUCCGUCAGGUAUUACAGAAUUGUCAGUUUCUUGAGUCCAUCGGGUAGGUCAAAAUGGCACAAUAUUGAGAAAAAACAGUAGUAUACAUCAUAAAUAUAACCAGAUACCAAAAACUAUGCAAAUGUUGUUAUGAACUAGGCAGUAGUAAAAUCUUAAAAUAUUAUCUUUA